CUAUGUUUGUCAUUGUAUUUCUCAUCAGAAUCUCACAAAAUAUUCCGUUUUCAUUUUCUUUUGUAACCAAGUAUAUGUACUCGAAAUAUCAAAAUGUCACAGCAGAUUGAAAAGAAUGAAUAUCCGAAAGCAUCAAAUUCACUUGUUGUUGGUGGCUUGCUGUCUUAUAUUGGAGGAGUAUUUCUGCUGAUGUCAUUUGCUUCUCCUUAUUGGAUUGAAAGUUAUAAAGAAUCAUUCAGCAGCUUUAAAAACAUGGGAUUAUGGGAAUAUUGCUUCAAAGAGUUCACCUAUCCAUAUUAUCAGUUCCCGAGAACCUUUAAUGGAUGUCAUAAUAUAUUCAGUCAUGAAUAUUAUGUUAUCCGCGAAUAUCUUCUUCCCGGCUGGCUGAUGGCAGUUCAAACAUUUGUAACAAUUGCAUUUAUCGAUACUUUCGCAGCCUUGAUCAUAAUGGCAUGUGAAGUUUGUCGUUAUCCUUUGAAGCUUGUUCUUCGUUAUGAAUGGUUUUUAACAACAACUUCCUUCGUCCUAGUUGCAGCCUCGUCAAUUUUUCUCUUCUUUGGAGUUUUGAUAUUUGGUGUCAACGCUUACCGAAGAGAUUGGCUUAUGUAUCCGAAGUUUAACGUCAUCUCGUGGUCUUUUGCUUUCGCUGUGGUUGCCAUGUUCUUUCUUGGACUAGCUGCACUCAUUCUUUACAAAGAUGCCAGAACUGCAUAUGAAAGACGACGUGAAUCAAAGAACCUUGUCCAACAAAUGCAAAUGCAUGAAACAGCAAGUAUUCCAUCCUCACACUCUAGAGGAAUGCAUGGUUACAUAUAAGAAAUAACAUUUAAUAACACGUCCAUUUAUUUACACAUUAAGUGACCUUAAAAAGAUAUCUAAACGAUAUCAAUUUUUAACACGUCCAUUUUGUACACAUUAAACAAAAUUUAGUUUCUAAUUCCUUUUAAUGUUAGUAAAAGAAUCUCUCAUUUAAAUACUUGAAAGAAUUAAGUACACAAUCAUGUUCUCUCUGUUUUUGAAAAUAUUUUACAUGUAGUAGAAGAAGUUGAUAGAAGAAAAACGAAAAAGACAUUUUAAUAAAGAAAAAUAUGAGAUUGAAAAAUUGAAAA